AUGUAUAUUGAUAAUAACAAUAUUUUUGAGGAUAAUUAUUAUAAUUCACCAUCUUCAACAUCACAACCUCAUAACCUUCGCUUCUCCAUAGCAAUAGCACCAACAAAAAUCUUCCGUUCUCAACCCACCGAUUCUCAUUACCUUUCUAAAUCACCAACAGGCUCGUUAUCAUCAUCUUACUCUAACUUGUCAUCCUCUGUCACCAGCAUUUGUUCUGAGAGCCAUAACGAUGAAAUCGUUAUUCUUAGCGCAAAUAGUUUGUACAAUUACAACGGCAAGCAAACUCGAGAUUAUUAUUUUGACGAUGACGACGAUAAUGUCAACGAUGAAGAUUAUUAUGCCUCUUCCUAUUUUUCAUCAUCCAAUACCAAGCCAAUUGACAUUCCAAUGAAAGCUCAAAAGGAGGAUAGUUCAUUAGAACCAAACAAAGGCACAUUCGGAGAAGAUAAUGGAUUUCCUUGA